AACAAUGUGGUGCUUCUCUCAGCAGAGGAGGUUUAUCCAUUCCUCUUUAUGUCUCCUGAAGAAGAUGAAGGGCAAGACACCCGCAGAGCAGCGCUGGCUGCAGCGGCAGCUCCGUGACCCGUACGUCAAAGCCUCUCACGCAUUAAACUUUCGGUGCAGAAGCGCCUUCAAGCUGCUGGAGAUAGAUGACAAGUUCAGGGUGUUACAGCCCGGAUACAGUGUGGUGGACUGCGGAGCUGCGCCUGGAGCCUGGAGCCAGGUGGCAGUCCAGAGGGUCAACUCAGCCGGGACAGAUUCAGAGCUACCACGUGGUACAGUCGUUGGCAUUGAUCUGCUGCACAUACCACCUCUGGACGGUGCCCACUUCCUGUCCAAUCACGAUGUCGCUGACCCUGCCACACAUGCCAAGGUGCUUGAACUGCUCCCCAGUGGUCAGGCUCACAUCAUCCUGAGCGACAUGGCGCCCAAUGCCAGCGGUUUCCGAGACAUGGACCAUGAGAAACUGAUCACUUUGUGUUUGACUUUGAUAGACUUGGCGGGGAAGAUUUUACAGCCAGGGGGCUCUCUGGUCUGUAAAUACUGGGAUGGGAUCCUCACUCAGAAACUGCAGCAGAAACUCUCGAGUGUGUUUGGUAGUGUUCGGACUUUGAAGCCAAAUGCCAGCAGGAAGGACUCAGCUGAGAAAUAUUUCCUUGCUAGAAUGUACAGAAAGCCAAUAAAAUCAUAG